UACGCUUCUUUGGUUCUCGGUGAUGGCGUCUCUGUGUGUAAAACCUUAUGCCACUACCAAGCGCUUCAACCCUAUAAACCCUACUCGUUCUCUCUUCUUCUCCAAAAUCUCAGCCCAUCCUCUUCUGCAAUCCACAUCUAUCCCCACCACCAUCAAAUGUUCUCUCUCACGGCGUCCCGAAUACAUUCCCAAUCGAAUCUCAGACCCUCAUUACGUUCGCAUCUUCGACACUACUCUUCGCGACGGAGAACAAUCCCCAGGCGCCACUCUGACCAGCAAAGAGAAGCUCGACAUCGCUCGCCAGCUCGCCAAGCUCGGUGUCGACAUAAUUGAAGCAGGAUUCCCUGCUUCCUCCAAAGAUGACCUUGAAGCUGUUAAGAUGAUCGCUAAAGAAGUUGGGAACACCGUUGAUGAGGGUGGUCAUGUUCCUGUUAUCUGUGGCCUUGCUAGGUGUAAUCGUGCCGACAUUAAUGCGGCUUGGGAUGCUGUUAAGUAUGCGAAGCGGCCCAGGAUUCAUACGUUUAUUGCUACUAGUGAUAUUCACUUGAAGCAUAAGUUGAGAAAAUCGAUGGAGGAGGUGAUUCAGAUAGCUAGGGAGAUGGUUAGUUUUGCCAGGAGUUUGGGGUGUGAGGAUGUUGAGUUCAGUCCAGAAGAUGCUGGAAGGUCUCAAAAGGAGUUUCUUUAUCAGAUUCUUGGGGAAGUCAUUAAGGCUGGGGCAACAACCCUCAACAUCCCUGAUACAGUAGGCAUCCUUUUGCCAGUUGAAUUUGGGCAGUUGAUUGCUGAUAUCAAAUCAAACACCCCUGGAAUAGAAAAUGUGAUCAUUUCUACUCACUGCCAAAACGAUCUUGGCCAAGCUAGUUCCAACACUGUAGCGGGAGCAUAUGCAGGUGCGAGGCAAUUGGAAGUAACUGUCAAUGGCAUUGGAGAAAGAGCUGGAAAUGCAUCGUUGGAGGAGGUUGUAAUGACCAUUGCAUGCCGUGGAAAGGAGCUAAUGGGAGGGCUUUACACUGGGAUUAACACCAAACACAUUUUUAUGGCAAGUAAAAUGGUUGCAGACUAUACUGGACUUCCUGUUCAGCCACACAAGGCCAUUGUUGGAGCUAAUGCUUUUGCCCAUGAAAGUGGUAUCCAUCAGGAUGGAAUGCUUAAACAUAGAAGUACCUACGAGAUCAUUUCUCCUGAAGAUAUUGGGUUAUAUCGAUCUAAUGAAUCUGGCAUUGUCCUUGGAAAACUUAGCGGACGCCAUGCAUUCAAAUCUCGACUUCGGGAGCUUGGUUAUUCAUUAGAUGAUAAGCAACUUGAUGACGUGUUUUGGCGCUUCAAAUCAGUGGCUGAGAAAAAGAAGCAUCUUUCUGACGGUGACAUAGAAGCUUUGAUAUCAGAUGAAGUUUUCCAGCCAAAAGUCAUUUGGUCAGUUGGUGAGGUGCAGGUUACUUGUGGGACUCUUGGUCUUUCGACAGCAACUGUUAAACUCAUUGAUGCUGAUGGAGCAGAAUAUGUUGAAUGUUCUAUUGGGACUGGUCCAGUCGAUGCAGCUUAUAAGGCAAUUGAUCUCAUUGUCAAGAUACCAGUAGUACUUCGUGAAUACUACAUUAACGCAGUCACAGAAGGCAUUGAUGCAAUAGCUUCCACAAGAGUUCUGAUACAACCAGAGAAUGGCCAUGCAUCUACUCAUGCUCUUAGUGGAGACACUGUUCAACGUACUUUCAGUGGAACUGGGGCAGAAAUGGACAUUGUUGUGUCCAGUGUUCGAGCCUAUGUCAGUGCACUUAAUAAGGUGUUGGGUUUCAAGAAUAAUGCAGCUGCAUAAAGGUUUCUAGCGACAGUUCUGCAUCAAGGAUUCCCAGUGAGAGUUCUCAAGUGUCAUUUUUUGAGGUUCAGUGGUUUGUCUACUGUUUUUUCUUAAUACUCUCCAAGUGGGUCACAACAACUUCUUAAGUUUCUUUCUAGGUCUAUUGAGAUAUAGAAUUUUAUGUAUUAUAAAAA